CAAACUUUCAAAAAUCUCUUUGGGUUUCAUGUCAUUUGCCAAAACUUUCCCGUUUUUAGGAAACUUUACAAAUGAUUUAAAAUUCAUUGAGAUUUUCGUAGCACUUCAAUACAGUUUUCUGAGGGCCGGAUUCUCGAAUACAAGCUAAGCUAUUUUCUGACUCAAAAUAUUUAGAAUGCUAGAACUUGCCAGAUAGUUGUUGGUUUGAAAAAGUUAACGACUAUGUAAUAUCAAGAAACCGGGCUUCUUAAUCCUCAAAUAACUGCACCAGAAAUACCAUUUAUUAAAUUAAGAUGUUUUUAAAUUUUUUUACACAAAAUUACAGGCCAGAGUUUCAUUUCUGAAAUACUCAGCUAAAAAAAAGGCUAUUCUUGGAUUUAGAAACGAUUAACAUUUUGUCGGGCUGUGCAAUCGAUGUGUGGGCGUAUUUGUUGACAUUUUAAAUUGUAAUUAUUCAUUUUCCAUUCGUUUUUUUGUAGUAACGUUUCUACACAAGGGAUUAAAAUUUUAAAUUUAUUUCUAAAUAUUUACUUAAAGCAACCCGAAGCAAGAAAAAACAGAUCAGCCAAUUUUAGUUCUAAGCAAAUAUCGAAAACGAAACAAUGCAAAGGAGUUCGCGAUUCGGCGGUCGAUUUAAGAUCGCCCAGACAGAACCAACAUUUACAUUAUAUAUUCAAUUAGUUUAAGCUGAAGCUGAAAUGUGUGCCGACAAUGAAUGCAUCUCGUAGUUGUAAAAUGAGCAAGAUAUUUAACAAUAAUUUACUUUUCCAACACAAUACAAGAGAAAAGUCCAAAGCUUUAACUACUCGCAAAGAAAAGGAGCAAAAUAUCGACGUGAAAAUCCUUAAACACUAAAUGAAAAUGCCAAUAAUAAGCUGCUAUCUCCCAUCCAAGAAAAUGGGCUGUAAGAAUUGUCCCUAUAUACACGCGUAAAAAUAUAUAUAUAUCGUAAACUGGAGAACUUCGAUUUUCCCCCAGAAACUCACACACGCUACAAUUUCAAUGGUUUCUUCAGUGUCGUGCAGCUAAAAGAAAAUGUUUUAGGAGAAGGUUGGAGACAGUGGAACGCCUUAAAUAUCAUUUCCAACCUAUGUUCUGCUCAGAGUCAAGGUCAAAAAGCCGGGAUAUUCAUAUGGGAACUUAAAUUUUUAUCUGUCAAAAUUCAAUUGAGCUUUAAACUAAGGAUAGAUCGAGAGAAAAAAAAAGAAAAAGUAACAAAAAAGUAAAAGAAAUGCCGAUAAAGUAAUAGAGUUGGGAUCGCAUUGUUUCUACAUAUUACUUAUAAAUGUGCCGUUUAUAGAUGUCUACAAUUAUAUACAACAAAUAUAGAUAUAUACCUAGAUAUAUAAUCAGAUCGAAAUCGAAGCUAGAACAGCAACUUGCACAACUCUUCCUAAAGGAAAUAAAAAAUACAAAUCUAAAUCGAUUAAAUUAUAUGCCACAAUUAACGAGAUUUCAAGAAGUGACGGACUAACUCCAAGCAAUUAAACGUUAUAUUUGAAUAACUAACUUAUGAUAUGUGUGUACUCUAUACUCUUCCAAUUGGUCCCAGAGUCCCACGUAAAACCUGACCACUCGCGCGAUCCCCAUAGCCACACACACACACUCUCCACUCUCGAUGUAGUGUUCCAAAUACGAAUCAAAUCGGAUAACCCUUAGCUGAAAUUCGACUAGCAAAAUCAAUAUGAUAAUAACACUUAUUCGUGCGUUAAGAUUAAAGAGAUCAUCUGGUAUACAUACUUUACUUUAUAAAAUCAACCAAAAUGCCGGGUAAUUAAUCAAUAAAAUACAUAUUAUUAGUUCUAAUCUAAGCGGAGUAAACAAAAUACAUCAGCAUAAUUAUUAACAAGAAAUAAGCAACGUGAGCAACGUAAUAUGGGAAAUCUGUAACUUUGGUGAUCUUUUUAAAUGUUAUUAGUAAAACAAAACAAAAAUCAAGUUUAAUGACGAAUACAAAUCAAACCAGUUUUAAAUGUGACUUAAAAUACGACGUAAACGACAUUUUUCCACAAAAUUAUAUGUGUAACAAGACAAAACCAAAUUAAGAGUUUGUGACAUAUGCAAUUUAAUGAAAGUUGAUGAUCUUUUCGAUAGAACUAUGUCAAGCUGUCUAACAAUUAGUUAUAAGCGCUUCAAUACAAAAUACCAUUCAACAAAAAUCAACAAACUCAAUUAAGUUAAACGGAACACAAUUAUAUUUAACAAAAUGUAUAAGUUUUAUACAAAUUAUAAUUAUUUUUAUCAAGUUUUGCGGCUUUGUUUCCAAUCUGAGUUCUAAACAUACAAAAUCAACCCAUCCCUUACAAAACAAAAACGAUUUCAGUUUGCGUUUAAAAUAAGAAAACAGCAUAUACAAUUCAUUUUUGUUCAAUAAAAAUAUAUUUAACUAAAAAUUCGUCUUGCCUUUUCGGAUUUGGGACGGAAUGUUGUCAGUUCUGAGGAGAUCAUUUGGAAAGGUGGCACCUUAUCUGCACGCCAAUCUCGUGGUCAGGUGCAAGGCCACUCAGGAGGCCAAGACGGCACUGAUCAUCCUGGCACCGGGUGCCGAGGAAAUGGAGUUUACUAUAUCAGCAGAUGUCUUACGGCGAGGAAAGAUCAAUGUCACCGUGGCGGGUUUGAGCUGUGAUCCGGUCAAGUGCUCCCGGUCUGUUGUUAUUGUGCCAGAUACUUCCCUGGAAGAGGCCGUGUCCCGUGGAAACUAUGAUGUCGUGGUCCUGCCGGGCGGACUAGCUGGUAACAAGGCGUUGAUGAACUCGGCCGCCGUUGGAGAAUUGCUGCGUUGCCAGGAUUCAAGAGGCGGAUUGAUUGCUGCCAUUUGUGCUGCUCCUACUGCACUGGCCAAACACGGAAUUGGAAAAGGAAAAUCUGUUACAUCGCAUCCAGAUAUGAAGCCCCAACUGGAGAAAGAUUACUGCUAUAUAGAUGACAAGACUGUGGUUCAGGAUAAAAAUAUUAUUACAAGUCGUGGUCCUGGCUCUACCUUCGACUUCGCCUUAAAGAUUACCGAGGAGCUGGCUGGAGUUGAAAUGGCCAAAGAGGUGGCCAAGGCAAUGCUUUGGACUUAUAAAUUAUAA